AUGCCUGGAGAGCGCAAGAGAGUGCACGGGGAUGACAAUGCCGAGAGUCAAGCGUCUGCUGUGCCGCAGGGAGAUCGUCCGACGAGAGCGAGGCCGGAGUCCCAUGGCGACACGGAUCAACCCGCUGCGACCCACAUAAGAGUGGAGGAACCACGGCAACCGCAGUGGACUCUUGAAAGUCGGCUAGAUAAAGUGCUGCUGGAGGGAAAGGAACGCAUCACCAACAUGAGGCUGAAUGAUUUCCUUCGGAAUUAUUUUGGCGGCAGGGGCGUUGAGGAAUUCAAUGAGAACGUCUAUAUGAAGGAUGUUUUGGGUAGCCCCAGUGAGUUCAUCCAAGAAGAAGUGUUAUUGAGCACAAUAAAGGCAUCGCCACCAUACCAAGAGCUGAAAAUAGAGCGUGAGGAGUUUUACAUGCUAUUGGAGGCCUUACAUAACCUUAACAGAGAAUAUAUUAUCACUCUCAGGCAGUGGAGGGACUUUAAAAGAAAGGAUACGGUCAUUCCUCUUGCAAGGGCACAAAUAAACACAGCCUAUUCUCAGGCACUGAGAGAAGAGAGACGGAAGGAAGAAGAAAGGGAAAGGCGAGAACGACAAGAACUGGGAAUUGACGUUUCCACUGGGAUUAAUUAUGCGGUGUUUAAAGGAAGGGUUUGCGUGGAUGAAAUGAAGCUGAAUGACUUUCUUACAAUGGAAUUGGACGGCAAGGGCGCUUUGGACGCCAAUCGGGAUGUCUUACUGGAGGAGUUUUUUAAGGACCCCAAGAAGUACAUUUGCGAUGCGGGAGUAUUGAACGAAAUACAGGCAUCCGAUCAUUAUGCGAGGAUGGGGAGGGCUGUAAGGGAUGAAAUGGAUAUGGAAGAGGAUGUAAACAAGCUUUACGAGAAAGGUGUGGACAAUCUACUGAAGUGGUUGGUGGCUACUGCGGAGGUAAAGGCAAAUGUUCAAGAAAUCACUAAAAGGUUCCUGGAUGCAGCCGCCGAGGAAGCGAGGAACCCAAAGAAGCCGAGCGCACCGAGGUACCUGGAGGGAUUGUACGAGUCUGUGUACAAUGCGAGGUGGCACCAUGUCGUGGAAGUUCCUGACGGCGAGGGGACGGGAAUGGAGGUGAGGGAGGGGGAACCACCGCAGCCAUGGACGUACAAGGCAGUUGGCGAAUUUCUCGAAAAGGAUGACGGUGUGGGGCAGUCCGGUGCACCGCGUCCCAGGCUGCUGGUGCUCACCUCGGACAAGGGAUGGCCGUACUCGUGGGAGGAGGAUGAAUCCCUUCGUGACUGCCAUGUGAACUGUGAGGUGGAGCGAUUCUGGCAGACCGUCAGGAAUGACCUGACCGAGUGGUUCAGCACUGACCCUGAGGCCUACUUUACGCCUAUGCGACGUGUGUUGAUUGGGACGCCCGGGAUCGGGAAGUCGAUGAAUGCCGGCUCGUACCUCCUCUACCAGAUGCUGCACUGCGAUGCGGAGAAACUCCAAGUGGUUGCGUACAGUUUUGGUGGAAGCACGAUGUACGUGUUUGACAAGACCAUCAAGACGGUCACAAGAUACGUGGGUAGAGGAGCAUCCAAGGAAUUUUUGCGGCAUUUGAGGAUGAAUGGGUAUGUUAUUUACGAUGUGACAAGGCAAGGGACACCGCCCGACGCAGGUUUUGCGCCCUAUGUUGGAUGGGGCAUGAUUGUGGUGUCAUCGCCAAACGUGGGCAACUAUGAUGAAUGGGAGACACAAGAAGGAGCGGCGCGAAACAUCGUGAAUUGCCCCGCCGAGAUGGAUGUGAAGGCGAUGUGUGCAUGGAUGAAGCGUGACGAGACUUCGGAGAAACAGGCGGAGUGCUGGAAGAUGGUCAAAGAACGCAUGGAUAAAGUGGGGCCGAUUCCACGUCACGUCUUUGAUGCGAAUGAGUUCAUUGCACACUCUGCUGCCAUUGAGGAUGCCUAG